GCCGGCUUCUCCGGACCGGGCGGGUUGGCUGGCUGGGCUAUGGCGGUGCUGGGUGCCGAGAGGCGGAAGGGCAGCUCUGUGAGCUCCAGCGGCUGGGACGUCGCGGACUGGAGGCGAUUUCUGCACCCGCUGAAUAGCCCCCCUGCCCGGCCGGUGGCGACGAAGGGCAUGGCCGCAGUUUGGCAGCAGGUUUUGGCUGUUGACGCAAGGUACAACGCAUACCGCACUCCAAACUUCCCCCAGUUCCGCACGCAGUACAUCCGCCGGCGCAGCCAGCUGCUGCGGGACAACGCCCAAGCUGGCUACGACCCCUCGAUCCGCAAGCAGUACCUGCGCCUGCGCAGCCAGCUCCUGGCCCAACGCUACGGCCCCCUCUCCGAGCAGAGCAGCUUCCGCGCCUACAGCAACAGCAUUGUCCGAAGCAGUCGCACCACGCUCGACCGCAUGGAGGAUUUUGAUGACGACCCAAGAGCGCUGGGCGCCCGUGGCCACCGUCGCUCCGUCAGCCGAGGGUCCUACCAGCUGCAGGCUCAAAUGAACCGAGCCGUUUACGAUGAGAGAACCCCAGGCAACGUUGUCCCCACUUCGGUGGCAGAAGCCAGCCGUGCCAUGGCUGGGGAUACUACACUCAGUGAGAACUACGCUUUUGCCGGCAUGUACCAUAUCUUUGACCAGCAUGUGGAUGAGGCCGUGCCCAAGGUCCAGUUUGCCAAUGACGACAAGCACCUCCUAGCCUGCUGCUCUCUGGACGGCACCAUUUCCGUAUGCCAGCUGGUACCCACCCCUCCAGUGGUGCUGCACGUCCUGAAGGGUCACAGCCGCGGCGUCUCUGACUUUGCCUGGUCACUCUCCAACGACAUUAUCGUUUCCACUUCGCUCGAUGCCACGAUGCGCAUCUGGGCCACCGAGGACGGCAAGUGCAUCCGGGAGAUCCCAGAUCCGGAUGCGUCGGAGCUGCUGUGUUGCACAUUCCAGCCAAUGAACAACAAUCUCACAGUGGUGGGGAACGGGAAGCACAACCUCCACGUGGUGAACAUCUCCACGGGGAAAAAAGUGAAAGGCGGCUCAAGCAAGCUCACGGGCCGGGUUCUUUCUCUCUCCUUCGAUUCCCCCGGACGGAUCCUCUGGGCGGGAGACGAUAGGGGCAGCAUAUUUUCUUUCAUCUUCGAUAUGGCGACAGGAAAACUGACCAAGGCCAAGCGCCUGGUAGUGAACGAGGGCAGCUCCAUCACCAGCAUCUCAGCCCGCUCCUGGAUCAGCCGAGAAGCACGGGACCCCUCUCUCCUUAUCAACGCUUGCAUUAACAAGCUGCUGCUGUACAGGGUAGUGGACAACGAAGGGACACUCCAGCUUAAGAGAAGUUUCCAGAUACAGCAGAGCUCCCACCCAGUUCGCAGCAUCUUCUGCCCGCUCAUGUCCUUCCGGCAAGGAGCUUGUGUUGUGACCGGCAGUGAGGACAUGUGCGUCUACUUCUUUGACGUGGAACGUGCCACUAAGGCCAUCGUGAACAAGCUGCAGGGCCAUAGUGCGGCCGUGCUGGACGUCAGCUUUAACUGCGAUGAAAGCCUGCUGGCCUCCAGCGAUGCAAAAGGGAUGGUCAUCGUCUGGAGGAGAGAACAGAAAUAGCAGACCCCCUCCCCCUCCAGCAAGCGGAGAGGAGUACACGUACCGAACAGGUUGUGGAAGGAAGCAAUGUAGAAUGGCAGUCAAGAGCCCUGAAAAGGAACACACAGGCUUUUUUUCUUCCUCUUGCUGGUAAUUUUGCACCCUCUGCACAUAGGAAAAUGCCAAGCAUAUCGCUAUACUGAAACAGCAGUCAUUGCUUCCCUGCGUUUCGGUUAGCAGCUUUGUACAGAAGGAAGGGGAAUCAAAAGACUAUGUGCUGCGUCCUUCCUUUCAUUUUUGACUUUCCCUGGACGUUCUCUCCUUUCAAUGGCAGCUACAGCUGUCACCACUGUCAGCUGAAAGGGGUUGGUACACCUCUGUUAACUGUUAAUUGACGAGAUAGGAUCUGGAACCGUGGGGCUUCUCUUCCAACUUGUACACCCGAGGACUGAUGACCACAGUUCUAUGUACAGCCUGCUCUGUGAAACAGCUUUGGUUACCCAGUUCCUCCCAGAAAUGCAAGGGCCAGUAACAAGCAGCAUGGCAGUCAUGAAAGCUCCAGACUCGGUACUGUACUGAAAAUCAACUUCCUUGCCUCGUGUCAGGUAUCAGACGGAGACAUCUCCUCAGAAGGAUUAGCUGGCGAGAUUGGUCUCCGUUUUGGGGCUUGCAGACUUCUGAAGCUUUUCACUGACUUAGCCUGAGAAAAUUCCAGUUGCUUGGCUCUGCCUAGAGCUCUUUUUUUUUCACCACGUCUCUUGGAAACAAAAUUCCAGUGAUUGAAUGUCUUCCCUGUUACUGAAAGGAGAAAGUUAACACGGGGGCCAAACUAGUGCUAUGUAGAAGCAACGUCCUAACUGAUUGGAAUACUGCUGCGGGUUGUGGAAUUCAUACAAGCUGUGGCUGGAAUUCUCUGAAAGCCGUAUGGAAGGACAAAUGCUCCUAGCAGCCGUAGCCUAAAUGCGGAUGAAGCCAAGUUUAUUAAGCUGCUGCUGCUGCUGCAAAAGCUGUAUGAGGAAAAGGCAGCUGUGUGCCGUUACGGCAUGUAUAGUGUUUUAGUAAGGGGUCGGGGCAAGUUGUAAUGAAACUUCUCUGUAUUGUGGCUGUGGUAGUGACUUCCCUGCUGUUUUGUUUUUUGUCUAGCGUGAACCAAGGAAAAGGAUGUUGAUUUAAGUUUUACUAAGCAGCACUGGGAAAGGUAAUAGAAGUGUUUUUUCAGAGAGGUGUCCAGAUGCUUAAAACCUAAUUAAAUAAAGGGGGGGGGGUGUUCUAAAUUCCCUGUUAAGCAUGAGAUCAGGAGCGGGACCACUAUCAGUCGAAGUACAUGCUGGACACAUUUUUAGGCUAUAAAGCCUCUUGGCAAGGCUGGGAUCUGUGAUGUCCAAGGUCAGAGAGUUAUGACAACAUGCAAAUGUUUGUAACAAGCAACAUAAUUGUUCCAGCUCCAGGAAAUUAUUUGUAGGAAUAAGGGCACCAAUAAUGGAGAGCAGACUGUAAAGGGACAGUUUAAAAUAGUAUAGGAAUCUCGACACUAAUUUCCCCCAGUCUCAUUUAUGCAGAUGACACAGCCACGUUUCUGAAGAAUUGCAAAUGGCAGUUUACGUUAAUUCUAAUUUUAACAAAAUAAAUUGAUGAUUUCAGUUUGA